AAACGGCACGAAGAAGAAAUGACCGGGUGAAAUCAUGGCGUGUGCCUUGGACGAUGAUGAGAUCUGCAAUGAUGAUUACUAUUCGCUUCUAAAUGUCCGAAGAGAGGCCACCCAGGAGGAACUGAAAGCAGCGUACAGACGACUGUGCAUGCUGUAUCAUCCAGACAAACACCGGGAUCCUGAACUAAAGCAGCAGGCGGAGCAGCUUUUUUACCUUGUCCACGAAGCUUAUGAAGUCCUCAGUGACCCACAGGCACGAGCUAUCUAUGAUGUCUAUGGCAAGCGAGGGCUGGAUGUUAAAGGAUGGGAGGUGGUGGAGAGGCGAAGGAGCCCUGCGGAAAUUCGGGAGGAGUACGAACGGCUUCAGAGGGAGAGGGAGGAGGAAAGGCUUCAGCAAAGGACCAACCCAAAGGGAAUGAUAAGUGUUGGCAUUGAUGCCACGGACCUGUUCGACCGGUAUGAGGAGGACAAUGACUAUGAGGAUGGAGACAUCCCGCACAUAGAAAUCAACAGGAUGCACAUAUCCCAGUCCAUUGAGGCUCCUCUCACUAGGAAAGUCACUGCCAUUUUGUCCGGCUUCUUAUCAACCCGYAAUGGAAAUGGAAGCGGCACCAUUAACUUGGCGCUGAGAAGAGUUACCUCAGCAAGGGGGUGGAGUGAGAUAGAUUUAGAAGCCGGAGACACUGAUGGACCUCUCUUUGGUAUGAAGACAUUUCACAGCUUAACACCUCGAUGCUUUGUAAUGGGUCAGUGUGAGAUGCAGUUUUCAUCGCGAGGCGCACGUCCGAGUAUGACAACAGUGCUGGCUCGCCACUUAGACAAGAACACUAUGGGUUAYCUGCAGUGGCGCUGGGGAGGCCAGUCCUCUAUGAACACCAGCAUAGUGAGGGAUACUAAGAGCAGCCACUUYGCCUUUGCAGURCAGCUCGGCAUUCCUCACACAUUUAUGAUGAUGAGCUACCAGUACAAGUUUCAGGAUGAAGAUCAGACCAAGAUAAAGGCCUCUAUAAAAUCCGGUUUCUUUGGGACUGUGGUAGAGUACGGCGCUGAGAGGAAGAUCAGUCGACACAGCGUGGUGGGGGCUACCGUCAGAGUGGGAGUGCCCCAAGGUGUCUCCCUAAAGAUCACAUUAAACAGAGCCAGUCAGACCUACUUCUUUCCUAUUCACCUCACUGACCAACUCCUGCCCAGUGCAGUAUUUUAUGCCACAGUUGGACCACUGGUUCUCUACCUCACCAUCCAGCAUCUCGUUAUCCGGCCUUACUUGCGGGCCCAGAAGGAAGAAGAGUUGGAGAAGCAGAGGGAGAGCUCAGCCUCUAAUAUAUCCAAGAAGAAACGGGAGGCAGAGGCUGCUGUUUURCUCAUGCAGGAGUCUGUGCGCAGGAUUAUUGAAGCUGAGGAGUCAAGAAUGGGUCUGAUCAUCCUCAACGCCUGGUACGGCAAGUUUGUGACCGACAACAGCAGAAAACACGAGAGGGCAAAGGUCAUUGAUGUGACUGUGCCGCUUCAGUGUCUGGUGAAAGACUCCAAACUCAUCCUGACUGAGGCCUCAAAGUCAGGACUCCCUGGCUUCUACGACCCCUGCGUGGGGGAGGAGAAGAGCCUGAAGGUGCUGUAUCAGUUCCGAGGAGUCAUGCAUCAAGUCCUGUCAGGAGACACAGAACCACUCAGGAUACCAAAGCAAUCUCACAGGAUCGAUGCAGACACAUAGAGGCUCCUCUUCUGGCCAAAAAGACUCAUCUCUAGAUUGUUGGACAGAAAAUGGAGAAACCUACAUUUUAGAUACAACCAUGGAAAAUAAGUCUUUGUUACACAGAGAAAAAAAAAUAAUUUAACUGUUUGUCUUUAUAUUCCUUUAAAUACUGAGGAUGAAAUAAAAUCAUCACAGACUGGAUUCAUUAGAACCAGUACACAUGGACAACGCCGUGGCCUGCUAAUGUGACUAAAUGAAUGGUUAUCAUGCUAAAUCAGGGUUCUGCUCGUAUUGGUACCCAUUUAGUUCUUGUUUUUGGUAUGGCUUGCAAUUUUAGACAGAGUUCUACGUACUGUAUUAUACAAAACUUGCAGUGCCUAUAUGAUGGAAGACAAAAGCAUCUCUGUUUAUUUGCCAUAUAAUUAAAAACCUUUCUAUAACAUUGCUCA